UGUCGCUGGUGGACGCGUUUCGUUGAGGCUUCGAUUUCUCAUUUAAAUUUAUUCGGCGCCAUUUCAUAAAAUUCCAGUUGAGUGUUGGUGAUAAUUACCCAACCAAAGUGUGAACAGAAUCCAUAUAAACCAACGAAAUUCCAGGAUACGAAAGCAACAGCAAUGUGCAACAUAUAAUUGGUGGGUGGUGCAACACGUAGAAUAACUCGGAUAUAUUUUUCUGAAUGUGUGUUUGUGUAUCUGAUGCCGAGAUAAAACUGCCUGCCUUCAAAUUGUCAAUUGCUGGUGGUUAAUGGCUUGGCAAUCUCAAGAAUCGGCUCUUUUGUUUUGGGCAUCGCGGCCGGCAGUGAGUGCAUCGGAUCGAAUUGAAUUGAAUAAUAUGGAUAUGGAUGCGCGGCACCGCUAAAUAAAUGACUAAAAACGCUCUUCCAUGUAAGAUGUCUAUCUCAGGUGGGCAAGGCAUUUAAGCUCGAAGCGGACUAAUCGUUGGCAGACAAUCGUCGGCGGCCAAGGAGCUCGGCUUAAUUGGUGGGACCACCCAUUCCGCCGAGCCCUUUGACAACAUUCGGCCAUUGUACUUGGCCGGCCAGGCGAUCAACUUGUUUACUCACCUUCGUUGCCAAAGAGUCCUCAGAUUUCGCCACUAAUCCAGUGCAGAUCUCUCGGGAACUGGCAGUGCCACCCGCACGCUCGCAUGCCAAAUAUCGAUCCCUAUCGAGUCAUAUGCAGCACAUGUAUGCAAAGUGUUCCAGCGAAGUCGCCAGUUGCCAUUCUUUUGGCAGAGACAUACACUCGAAGAGUUAUUCAAGUUGGUCAAGGGAUCAACAAGUAUUUCUUGAGAUUUAUAGCUGCCAUAGAGAAAGACCACGGAAUGGAGUCCAGCAGCAGUGCCAUCGCCGAGGUGGAAUCCCCCGGUCCAAGUGAUCAUGGUCAGCCCACCCAGAUCACCUCCAUCGAUGGCUUCUUCAAUCGCAAGCGGGGUCGUCCGCCAAAGAAUCGCUUUGUGGAGGUCUACAAAAGCGCACAACACUCGCCGCAGGCCAUCUUCACCAGUUUCAAACUGGAGAGAAGCGAUCACUCCGUUCAAGGAACUCCAGUUUCCAGUGGUUCGCUACAGGAUAAUGCAGAGGAUCGUCUUUCUAUAGCGGAUCACGACGGAUCAGCCACCGAUCUCACUUCUAGUCGGAACCGGAAAAGGGCUCGAGUUUGGGCCCCAUCACUGAAUUCCCCAGCGGAUCAUUCAAUCAAGAGAAGCUCUGUUCAUGUUUCCCCUUCAACAGCGAGGAGUGAGACUCAGUCUCGCAGUUGCCGCAACGAGUCUUUAACACAGCCUAUUUUACAGCCUUUAGAACCUUUAGAAGCAGUCCCGUCAAAGAAUAUGCCAAGUAGAGCUCUGGAUAAAAUUUCUGUUGUUCGUGCAGCGGGAACUUUUUAUCCGGAGAAUGCGAGUUCAGCUGGGCAUCAAGAAGUGCCGGAAGCUGGAUCUUCAAGAUACAUAAGUGGCAGGGAGUCGGCAGACCUAGAAUUGGAUCAGCCAGAGGAUCUGAGCAUGCGUUCUUCCCUUUCCGAACCAAACUCCUCGACAGUGGGACCAGCUUUGAAUAUGAAUCUGCUGCAAUUCAAGCAGCUGAUCGAUUUGUACCAGCGACAGUUUUUACUACCCAAUAUUUUGGCGGCCGCCAGUCAACCCAUGGCAUUACCUGGAUCAGUAUCCGGAUCAGGAUCGGUAUCUGGACCACUUCUGGAUAUGCGACUUUUGCUGGAGAAUGCCGCCCAUCAAAAGCUGAUGCUCCUGAAUGUAGCUGCCAGUGCAACGGCAACCGUAGCUUCAAAUUCCACGGCGGAUUCCGUUCAACGGCCUCCGGUGAAGAGAAUCCGGGAUCACGACAUCCCCAGUGGCUACCUGAAGUUCCGUUUCAACGAGGACUGCGGCUUCGAAAGAUGCGGCUACCGGAAUCACCAGUCGCACUUUCACUGCAAUCGCCGCGAUUGCCACUACAGUUUCUGCGACAAGACGCGGUUUGUGCAACAUACGGCGCGUCAUGAACGAAUGGACACUCUAAUGGGAGACGAUUUCCGCCAGUUUCGGGCCAACAUGCAAUGCGGAGUGGCCAGCUGUUCUUAUGCCUCUUCAGCGGGUGGAGGAGGAACAGAUUCCCAUCAUCCAAACCGGCUGGAUCCAACAGAGGCAGGUGCGGCGUCCUCGAGGAAGACUUCCCACUUCCACUGCCGCAAGUGCGACUACGUGUGCACGGACUCCAACAAGGUGGUGGCCCACCGGAGGUUGCACCUCCGCCAGGAUUAUGUGCGCAGUGCAGGAUUCCGCAAGGUGGGCGGAAACGAGCCGUGCGAUUCUGCAGGUUGCUCAUACGCCCUGAGGCACACGCACUACCACUGCGUCACCUGCGACGGCGGCGUCCUUUCGCGGGCUCAACUCGCUGGCCACAAGCACCGAACACCGCUGCCCAAACAGGCUGCCGAUAGCAAUCCCUAGCAUAUUCUAGAAAAAUUAUAAAACAAAGACAAAUCCUCGUAUUAAAUAACAAAUAAAAGUCAAGAA